CAGGGAGUUCACAAAUCCCUCUGGCAAGAGAGCUGUAGUGCUUCAACCCCUCCAGGAGAAUCUUAGCUUCAAUUAACCACCAAAAAGCAAGAGUGGAGCUGUGGCUCAAGUGGUAGAGCAACAGCCUUGAGUAAACAAGCUCAGACACAGGGCCCAGUUCCUGAGUUCCAUUCCCAGGACCGGCACUCACCAUCACCCCAUGAGUGGGCAGAACAGGACCAUCUUCCCCACGCACUCAGGACUGACUUCUGGAAAGUGGUAUUACCUGAGGAGGAAGAGUAAAGACGAGGAGCAGGGAUGGCGGCUGUGACUCAGUUGACAUUUGAGGAUGUGGCGGUGGAUUUCACCCGGAAGGAGUGGCGGUGCCUGACCCCGGCUCAGCGCGCUCUGUACAGGGAUGUCAUGCUGGACACUUACAGGAACCUGGUCUCCGUGGGAGUCUCUCCUCCCAACGUGAGUGUGAUUUUGCCAUUGGAGCUCGAGGAAGAGCCCUGGGUAGCACAGAACCAUGUGAAAACUCCAGGAGACCUGAGUGGUUGGGAAGGCACCAAAGGUGAGAACACAGGUACCUCUCCUAAAUAUAUAAUUAAAGAAUUACUACCCCAUGCCGGCAGCUGUAGGGGAGAAAUAAUCCAAAGUCAUGAGGACGGAGGCACUGAUGAGUUUUCCUGCGAGGAAAUCCAGAAGGCUCUGCGUGAGUGGGAGUGGGAGUGGAGCAGCGCUGAAGGCCGUGCUAAAGGGGUGCUUGUGGUCCACAGAGAAGAGGGCAGUGGCGGAGGAAAGCAGGAGGGUGGGGGUCACUCGGUGAAGCAGCCCACAAGCCCGUGGCUGGGACGGCCCCUCCAGAAGCACCUGCUCAGGCUCCCACCGUACCUGUGUGAAGGGCCAGGGGUGAGGACUGAGGUGGAGAAGUCCGCCCUUGCAGGGGCCCCCAUGUCCUGCCCUCAGGGAAGCCCCUCCAGUGGGAACACUCACAAUGCCCAUGCUUGUGAUGAUGUUCCGAUAUGUUCUCCCUUACGCACACAUACACCCAAAGCACGUAUUCAGGAAAAGCCUUACAAGUGCAGAGAGUGUGGCAAGGCGUUCAGCCAGGACUCCAGCCUCACCAUGCAUUGGAGGACGCAUGCUGGGGCAAGGCCAUAUUGCUGUGCCACUUGCGGGAAGGCAUUCCUACAGAAAUCUGGCCUCGUGUGCCACAAGAGGACACACACUGUGGAGAGGCCAUAUGUGUGUGGCUUGUGUGCGAAGGCCUUCUGCACGCGUGGUGAGCUGAGCAAACACCAGACAGUGCACAGCGACCAGAAGCCUUACAGGUGCUCUGUGUGUGGGAAGGCAUACCGUCAGUCCUCCAGCCUUGUCAUACAUCGCAGGACACACACAGGGGAGAGGCCAUUUGUGUGUGACACGUGUGGAAAGGCGUUCACCAGUCGCAAGGACCUCACUAAGCACCAGGUGGUACACACUGGGGCGAGGCCAUACGGCUGCACCCAGUGUGGCAAAACAUUCACGCAGAAAGCAACGCUCGUGCGCCACCGCAGGACGCACACUGGGGAGAAGCCAUACGUGUGCCCAGACUGUGGCAAAGCCUUUGCUUCCCACUCCAACCUCACAGUCCACCGCACCAUCCACAUGGAUUUGAAGCCCUACCAGUGCACUGAGUGUGGGAAGGUAUUCAGACAGAACAAGCACCUUGUGCGCCACCUCAAGACACACCAAGGAGAGGCGGAAUGUGGAUAAUGGAAUGUGUGUGAUAAAUGUAGCAAGAUAUCCAGCUGAAGUUCCACCUUGACUAUCCAUCAUAGGCUUCACUCACAAAAGAAGGCCUGCCAGGGAGUGUAGCAGGGCGCCAUCCAUCUAGGAAUGGCCUUCAGGGCUCAGUCCCCACUGAAUGUAAGCAUGAGGGUGACAUGAAAUUGCUCCCAAGGGGUUCAGGCCUGCUUUCAAGUGCAGUACUUCCUGCUGUAAUUCCAGUAGAUAGUGAGUUUCAGGGCAACCUGAGCUGUAUAUCAUGAUCAUGACUUUUUUGUUG